GGAUACAACUCGAGUCGUCUCCUCUGUCGUUCGCUGUUCGCCAAGCAGAUAACAACGCGCUAAAACAUAUUCGAGCGCGCGCUUACGGGAGAAACUAUAGUAGCAGGCACUUUUUUGACAAGAAUUGCGUCAUCCAAAUUACCCGUGCAAGGGCUUGAAAUAACUUAGGCCGGAGUUCAACGUUGCCGAAUUUCGAGGAUCUUGAGAAGAGGUACAGACUGACAGAUGCGAACUUGACACGAGAGCGGCACGAAACGUGUUUGUGAUUCAUUUUUAUAGUGCAAAGAAGAUUUGCGUGUAUGUGUUAUACAAGUGACUGUGAUUUAAGUAUAUUAUUUACGACGAAUUAAGCGUGUUUGUACUUAUAGAUAGAUUUUAUACGAUUCGUUUUUGCGAGUAAUUACUAUAGAGUCAAAAAUAUUCGUGUAUUUAUCGUACAUUGUUAUACCCGUAUAUAUCUUAUUCUAUUAUAAACUUCGCAAAUUUACGCUAUGGCCGGAGCACCAACUCAGUACUCGAACGUAGCGAUUGCCUUUUUCGACCUUGAAACUGGUGGCUUCUAUAGGGACGACGAUAUCCUCCAGAUAUCGAUGAAAUGCGGAAGUAAAGUCUUCAACAGGUACGCAAAUCCUACAAAAUAUAUCAGUCCAGGCUCUUCUUUAGUUCACGGAUUAACAAAUGACGGAAGUGCCUUGUAUCAUCGCAGAGUAAGAGUUCAGUCAUCACCUUUACAACCGAUUUUAUUAGAGUUGUUGCAUUUUUUGGAAGAAAUAGUAGGCUCUCCCUGUGUACUCGUAGCACACAAUUGUAACUUCGACUCCUCGAGGCUUUUAAUAAAAAUCAGACAUUUUAAUUUACUAGAUCAAUUUCGCCAAGUAGUCGUUGGAUUCACUGACAGUUUGAGUCUGUUCAAAAAGCGAUUCCCCGGUAGAAGAGAAAAAGGCUCCUAUAAAUUAACAACAUUAGCCAAAGACUUUAUUGGUGUAUCGCCUAAAGAAGCGCAGGAAUAUGCUCACGAUGCGAUGUACGAUGUGAAGUUGUUGGAAAAAUUAGUUAAUAAUUAUAUAGCUUAUGAUGAUAUAGUUCAAAGCCAUAAAAGCUUUGAUUCGCUUGUAGAAUUGAUGCAUAGAAAAGAAGAGAGUAUAGUUUAUUUGCAAAGCUUGAGGCCUCUCGCAGGAGUAGUUAGUAAACCUAUGUUAGAAAGAAUGGCAUACGCUCAUAUUGAUUUCGAUUCGUUGUUGAAUGCGUACCAAACGAGUGAAAGAUUUGCUAUUGAUUUACUCGAACGAAGAGUGGACGGAAGACCUCAAGUUAUAAAGACAAGAAGAAUCAUAGAUGCUAUUUUAAACUAUUUGAGGUCGUAUGAUGAUAAUCAUAUUGACGGAGGCGCAAAUUAGCGUUCUCUUGCCCAGAACUUUUUAUCAACAAGUUGUAAAGUAAAUAAUUGCUUUCUCUGCAUUUUUUCAAAACUUUUACGACAAGUUUCAAAAAAGCUGAUGUAUGAAUUAUGUCCUCUCUUUAAAAAAUGAUGGCCUUUGUUGUGAAGCAUUUAAUACGUGAUUCUGAUUGGUUGCUGGUUGGUUGCCUAGGCAACGAAAUCAGAACCGCGCUUUAAAUUCAUAACCCUCAAAACAGUCAUAACUUAUAACCCUGAAAGAAAUGUUUGAGGUGUUUAAAAUGAAAUGUGAAAACCUUGAUAACAGAUAAAAUAUAUGUAAUAUAACUAGCAAGAAAUUUUAGUAAAAAUUAAUCAUUACCAAGAGUGUGUAGUAUUACAACAUGUGUAUUGAAAAGUGGCACCCUAACCCUAUUUGAAGUAGUAAUAAAGUGUGUGAAUAUUAUUUAGUUUUUUUUUAAAUGUCAGUGAGAAGUUCAAGUAAAAGAAAAAAGAGUUUGAAGAUAUACUGUGUGUCUGUGCCCAGAGUCGCCCUCGGUGUGGUUUGAGAGGUGAAUUUAAAGAAAAGUUCAGUAUCCGAGUCAGUAAGUUUAAGUCUAUCAUUAUACAAUGCUCUUUGAAUUGUAAAAAGGCUACUAGACAUGUUAC